UUUUUAUUAGAGUUAUCUCCCUGUAUCGGUUUUAACACACACCGAGUCAUUAGUGACUGUCAUUAGGGAAAGCUUAGUUGUUAACAAGCAUUGCAACGACUUUAAACGACGACAUCAAAAGUCAUAAACCGAUUCUUGUCGCUUACAUUAAUAAUUGUAUCGACAGAGACAGACAGAGACGUCCCAUCAGAACAGGAGAUAGAGGUCGCCAACAAUGGCAAGAUAAACAAACGAGAUCAACUUGACACAGGUAUAGGGGUAACGCUGCACGUUCCAAAACUACCAGCAUGGAUUGUAACGGAAACACAGAGUUAAUCGUGGGGAAGGAAGCAGUAUGUAAGAUAGGCAUAAUCGCAGAUGUACAGUACGCUGAUAUAGAUGAUAGGUACAACUUCCGGAAGACACGUUUACGGUUUUAUCGCAAGGCCUUGACCUUGUUAAAAAGGGCCGUCAUAGACUGGACAGCGGAGGAGGUUGAUUGUGUUUUUCAACUUGGUGACGUCAUCGAUGGAUUCAACAAAGAUGAGAACGCUUCGAAAUGUGCCUUAGGUAAAGUUGUUGAGGCACUUAAACUGUUUCCGGGUCCGGUUUAUCACACGUGGGGAAACCAUGAGCUGUACAACUUUUCUCAGGAAGAACUCAUUCAAUCCGAUUUAUUCAGUGGUAACAUGCCUCAAUGCGCAUGCCCAAAGGGAAAAUCCUACUUCUCAUUCAACAUUCACCGGAAGUUGAAAGUUGUAGUGCUGAACUGUUAUGAAAUAAGCAUGUUGGGACUACCGGAAGACUCGCCUGAGUAUAAAGUAGCAGAGGCGAUAAUUAAGGGAAAUAACCCUAAAAAGAAUUUGAACGAUCCAGACGGACUUCAGGGAACAAACCGUCGUUUCCUUAAGUUUAAUGGUGCAAUAUCGGCGUCACAGUUGGAUUGGCUGAAAGCGCAUCUUCGAGAGGCCACGGCAAACAGAGUGAAUGUUAUUGUCAUGGGCCACUGUCCUAUAUUUGAACUCAGUGCUGAAAGCAUGAAUCUUUUAUUAAACUUCCCGGACGCUAUGGAUGUCGUUACUGAAUACAGCGAAUGUGUUGUCUGCUACUUGGCCGGACAUGAUCACGAGGGCGGAAGUAGUGUGGACAGUUCGGGUAUACUGCACGUAACAUUUCCCGGAACAGUUGAAAGUCUUGAAGUAGAUUCAUAUGCAACAGCAUACCUUUACAACGACCGACUUGUCAUCCAGGGCAAGGGAAGUUACUCCUCCUAUGAAACGAUAUUACGCUUUCCUCUUGAGGAAAAGUAGUCUUUCACAGAUCUUUACAAUAUAUAUCUACUUACAUAUCAAAAGAUAUUAAAUAUUUUGUAAGUCAUCAACGUGUGAAAACAGAAUAAGUGUUUCUAAUCAAUCAAAAGUGCCAUUAGAUUGCAUUUAACGCUUUAAAAUCAAGUGCCUCAGGUGUCUUACAUGUGCGGUUUUAAUCAAUAUUUUACUUCAGUUUUAAUUGAAUAAACUUUAUC